AUGAGAAAUACACCAUCUCAAGCUGAAUUUAACUACCUUUGGGAUUUACUUCUUAAGCAAUAUCCUGCUUCAACUUCAUAUUUUAAUAGAGUGCUUGCUGGGAUACAAUCUACCCAAAGGGUUGAAGAGCAAAAUGCGAUAAUAAAAAGAACUAUUAAUAGUUACAUAUCAAUUAUAAAGCUUACCAAAAAACUUGAUAAUCUAUGGAAUUUUCUUUUAUCAGAGUAA